AUGCCUCCAUUACCAGCUUUGCCUCCUGAACUACCCUCCCAGGCACCAGCCGAGACACCAGCCAUACCGGUUACUGCGCCAAAUGAACGAUACAGUGCUUUCGGACGGCGCCGACAUACGCUUCAAAACCCGCCGGUAGUUGGGGCGGCAAAUCCGGCGGACCCGGCGGUGGGCGGGCCUCCGGGCACAGCAGUGGACCGGGCAGCAGACAGAGAUCGCUAUAACUCGCGCAUUGUCGACUUUCUCGAUGUUGUUGACCCCGAGGUGGCCACACUCUCGUCCAUCACAAACAUCCAAAACUCCCUGUUUGUACCAUCCCUUGGCAAAUGGGUUAACCGACGGCCUACCUUCCACCUCCCGGAGCUCCCUCCGAUUCCCCGGGCGUAUCCAACGUCAAAGGAGGAUGGCACCUCAGCCCAACCUACCGAGGUCACGGUCCCACCAGAACCGCACCCGGCGCGCAGCUCCUCGCCCAGCUUGUCCUCGGUCCUCAGCGAGCCUCGAUACGCCAUUCUCCCCGAGGACGCAUCACUGCAAGGUUGGACAGAUGAAGACAUCAAGAAGAUGAACGAUUAUGUCCGCCAUAUGCUGCACUCACGACGGUCCAAAGCCAAGCAGCGACUCAGAGCCUUUGGCAGGUAUUGCAGCAAGCCGCUCGGCUUUCUGGUCACCUUGUACGCUACCCUGAUAACGCUGUUUGGCCUUGCCUGGGUGCUGUUCCUGAUCGGCUGGAUCUAUGUCGGCGAGCGGCAGCUGUAUGUCAUCAACGUGAUAGACUACGUUCUCGUUGCCUUGUUUGCCGUAGUCGGCGACGGACUCGCGCCGUUCCGUGCCAUUGACACAUACCACAUGAUCUACGUUGCGCACUACCACCGCAAGACAUGGAAACAGCGCAAAAAGCUGCUCUUGCCACAACUCAAAGACCACAACGACCUACCCACGGCAAAAGACGACGCCGGAACCGCGGCGGACCUCGAAGCCCAAGCUAAGCGGCCCGACGACGAGUUCUUCCCUGUGCUCUCGGAUAAAGAGCAAGAGAGACUUGUGCACCACCAGACCAAGCUAGCCAAGUCGCACACCUUCUACAAACCCCACGAGACGGAGACGCACCGUGCUUUCCCGUUACGGCUGCUAAUAGCCGUCGUGCUUCUUCUCGACCUGCAUAGCUGCCUACAAAUCGCCCUCGGCGUUUGCACCUGGGGUAUUGCAUACGAACACCGGCCUGCCGCGCUCACCACGACCAUCCUCUGCUGCUCGAUUGCAACCAACAUUGCUGCUGGGGUCCUCAUAUCCAUCGGUGACCGCCGGACGAGGAAACAUGAAGUGCUUGACCGGCUGUUGAAGCAGGAUCUGACUGAGCAAGCUAUGAGGAAGGUGGAAAAGAAAAAGGCUAAGAAGGCGCAAAGGGAAGAGGAACGACAUGGAGGUGAUGAAUCGGGCCGUGCCACGGGCACGAUGAAGGAGGUCAAGGCGGCGUUGGCGGACAAGCUUAACAUUCGCUCGAGCAUGGAUAAGGAGCGAACGAGUAGUGAUGGUCGUGGCAAAGGAGAGGAGCAGGCGAGACCUGCCCGGGAUAGUACCGGGAAAGCGAAAGACGAAGGCGUUGGUAGUCAAGAUCACAUGCAGAUGCCGGGGGGUUAUAUAGAGGAAGAACAAGAGCCAUAG